AUGUUACCCCCGCCACCGGCACCGCCACAACCGCCGGCUGCGAAGCAGGCACCGGCACCGACUGCGAAUUGGGAAGCUUCAUCGCCAAUACCGGCAUCUUUUAAGGUGCUGGGUGGAGCUGUUGUGCCUGCUGUUCUGUCUGGAGUGAAUGGGAAUGGUACACCUAUGUGUGAGUCCUCUCUGCUGAAGCCGGGCAAGGUGAGAGCUGUCAGCGAUGACGGAUGCGCCUCCGGUGGGGUGCCGUCUCCGUUGCCCAAAGUUGUCCCAGGUGGACAGCGUCCUCUUCCUUCAAGAGAGAGUCUAGAUGCACCUUUGCUGUAUGAUGCGGGCGGCGAUGGGACUUCGAGGAAAGAUUCUGGAGAAAGCCCAGAAAGUUCUGUCGUCACGCGUGAGAAAUUGCUUCGGUUGCUGGGGCGCAUUGCUUGUUCCGGCGAGGAGGCUUCGUACAGCGUUGCGAGCCCUGGUGUUACGAUCAAUGAUAAUAGGAACGUUAUCCAGUCUUGUUACGGUGAGGAACACGUUUUUCUGGAUGACCUCUUCGUACAUGUGCUUUCGGCCCUCGAAAAGGUGGUGCAGCAAUUUCUCUGCCGGGCCUUGACGCGGGAGUGGACGUGCAAGCUUAAGGGCGAGGUGUCACCCCCGUCACCCUCAGCAGCGGAUGCAGCACGGCUUUGGACGACGGCGUGGCGUCAGGCGCAGCACCGCGACGAGGAGGCAUGGAUUGCGUGGAGAUCUGCACUUUGCCGUUCCUGGCGCCGCACCCGGCGUGAGAGUGCCUCACGUGAGCGGGGCGAGGCGUUGAACGCCGCCCUCUUUCAGUUUGACCCCUGCGGCGGCGCAGCAACGCGGGGUGCCCCGGCCCCCUCGAGCCGCGCUGUCGAGACGCGCCAGACGGAGACGGCGGCAACCAAACAAAGGCUCUAUGCCCUUUUGUACCGUGUCUUUUGGACCUGCCCCGCUCUUCUGCUCGACGAGGACGCCCAGCGUCUGGCGGCGGCUGCCGACUUUAGCUUGGACUCCGUGCGCCUGGGGAUAUGUGCGGCGGGCGAAGACGAGGCGGAGGCGGAGGCGGAGGAGAUCACGGGGUUUAUACGCAGCCUUUCUCGCCGCGGACAGGCUCAGGCGCGCGAGGCCGACCUCGCAACGCUGGAGGAGGUGGAGCGACUGUUUGCUACCGAGCGCCGGGCGCUGCUGCGUCGCCUCGGCGCGGGACAACCCCCGCCUUCACCGUGCGGUCCCUCCCCAGACGCCACUACUCCCACCACCCGCUACGCGGCGGCGACGCCGCCGCGGUACGUUGAGCCGACUCCCAUUCAGCUUCGCCCCCCAAGCUUGACGCCCCUCGGCGGCAGCUCCCCCGCCGCACGCAUUCCGGACGGGGCGGAGAGGCUGUGGGCGCGGCAAAUUGCAUCCCCGAGUUACGAGGCGGGCUUGCGCGCCUCUGACGAGCACCAUGGCGCUCUUGACAUGCGAGCAGCGAGGCGACCGAGUGGCUCUGAGGGUCGACGUGUGCAGUGGCCUGUAGAAGCAGGAGAGGGCGCCAGUGCCGCACGCUCGCCAACGCCGCGGUUUGUGGAUCGGGCAGAGCCGGAGCGACGACUGCCCUCUGCGCUAAGGACCCCAAGGUCUGUAUCCUGGUGGUGA